AUGACGACCUAUGAAUCAGUGCUGCAUCCGCCGGCUAUUGUUGCCGAGCUGAAAAAGAACAACAUUUCCCAUGUGGUCUGGCUGCCGGACAGCGAGACCAAUUUCAUGUAUCAAUUGCUGACCGAGGAAGAAUCUCUGGACCUCGUCCCCGUUUGCCGCGAGGGCGAGACCAUGGCCAUCGCCGCCGGCUUGUGGGUCGGCGGAAAGCGGCCCAUCGUACUGAUCCAAAACACCGGCAUUUUUGAGUCCGGCGACUCCAUUCGGGGGCUGGGCCUGGACAUCAACCAGCCGCUGGUGAUGCUGGUUGGCUAUCGUGGCUGGAGCCGCCACGGAAUUACCAGCGACUCUGCCGCUCGCUUUAUCGAGCACAUUCUCCACGCCUGGGGCAUUAGCUACUACUUGAUCGAGACUGACGACGACGCCGAUCGCAUCAGCACGGCCAUCGCAGAAGCAGAACGCACCCAUAAGCCGGUAGCCGUCCUGGUGGGCACCGAGUUCGGAGCCUAAUUCGGCGCCCAGUUUUCGGCCACAAUGGGCCAAGAAGAAAGGAGCAAGGAAUAUGAUCAAUAAUACCGAUGCCGUAAGGCUGAUUGACAGUAAGCGGGAGGACUCCAUCAUAGUCCCCACGAUGA